AUGUCCGGCAAUCAGCCUCUGAUCCCCGGGCAGCCAAAACUACGUUCCAGUUGCGACGGAUGCGGUGCUGCGAAGGUGAAGUGUGACCGGGGCCAGCCCGAGUGCGGACGCUGCAUCUCCAACGGCAUACAAUGCAUCUACGGCGUGUCGAGGAAAAUGGGAAAGCCGCCGAGGCAUCGUCCAACUCUCUCCAGAGGGACUUCUACUGACCGGCCCGACAUGUCCACGGCCUGGAAUACAGUCGACGACAACCCUGCCAAACUUGCCGUCAGCCUCGAUGCUUUAGACGGCUUGUAUGGCAGCCUGUCAGGGUCGUCUCUCCCGACGCCAGCUCCCCACGAGCUCGGCGACUGGACCAUGACGGACAGUAUCCUCGCCGUGAAUCUGCAGCCGGGCCCCCUGUCGACACCAGAGUCACCCUACUGGGACAGCUGCCCGUCAACGGGGCCACGACAACACCAGGCCGAGAAGAGCUCCCAUCCCGACGGCGCCUCAAUGUCGUCUUCAGGGACCAGCGGGAGCCACGACUGCGCAAGGGAAGCAUACGAGAUCCUCGAGAGCCUGUCUUUCCUCAGCCUCAGCAAGGCUCACUCGGCGACUUCGUCAAGCGCGUCCUCGUCGUCGGCCGCCGGGGGCAGUGCCAAUCACGUGCCCCUGGAUCAUGUGCUGCGAGUCAACCGCGAGACAAGCGAGCGACUCGCCCCUCUCCUGUCCUGCUCCUGUGCCAGAUCGCCGCAUCUCGCAUUGCUCUAUGCAUCGAUCAUCUCCCGCAUUCUGGUCUGGUACCAGCAGGCCGCUAGCUGCUGCAUGCAGUCUGCUCCGUGGAACCGCGCCACGUCUUCCGGCAGCGCCGUGAGUCCUGCUGGCGCCAGCUGCACCUCCGCGUCGACACAGCCGGCCGGCCCCUCGGUUGUCAAAGCGAAGAUGGCAAUUGGCACGUUCAACGUCGAUGAUCCUCGGGUCCAGACUGCCCUCGAGAUUCAGCUGCUGUCCGCCGAGAUGAGAAGAGCCGGCCACCUGAUCGACCAAUUUCUGUCACACUAUUUGGGCAGCCAGGGUUCUACUGCUGAGGAAUCUACUUCCUACGGUAUUAAAAAUUUGUAUCAGAGUCUGAAUUCAUGGCUUAGAACCGAGCAUGCAAGAAUAACCCAGAUGAUGGCUUCCAAAUUAACUGAGCUUAACACAUGA